GGUUGAGUAUUUUGCGAAGCGGGUUAACAUACGAGCGAAGGCAAACGGUUUUACGAUUUUAAAUUUUUUAUUUUAAAAUUUGGAAGUGGCCACUGCAAAGUCUCAAGCACCAACGAAAAAGGGAAAAUACUAAUCAUACAAAACUAAAAAAAAUUAACCGCAAGAAAACAUUUGUGUCGUUUGCCAAAAUAGGAAAACGCACAGAAACUUCUUCGCUUGCAGCCAGGCCAACUUCCAAACGGAAAUUAAUAACCGCUUGAUACGUGCAACACAGAACAGCAACAAAAUAAUCAAAGAAACCCCAAACAAAAUAUUGACGAAAAUUGUUGGAAUACGUGACGUGUGGUAUUUGCAUUUAAGAAAGAAAGAAAAAUUGUGUGUUUUCAGUGAAAUCAAAUUUAAGUUGAAUUCGUGCUGGUCAACGGAUACCCCCCCAAAAAAUUGCCCUUUGGUCAACCAACAACCAAUUGGAAUUUAGCAGCCACAGAAGAAAGCAGACUGUCAGCUACAGAGAUUUAAAAAACCGACUUGUUAUUUUCAUUGAACAUUUUAAAAAAUGCGAGAACGCAGUCAUACAACUCCAAGGAGACGUGGACCCAAGCAACCUUUGCCACAGGAUGCCCUUUAUAAUGACGAUUCAUCGUUCGAGCAACAUGAAUCACCAUACUACACAAUUGACAACACUGAGGAUAUUUACAGUACCACACUGUUGCCCUCUCAGAGGUGUUACGUCGAUCCAUGGGAUUUAGAAAACUACGAUUAUGUGAGAAAGAAAAUUGGCGAUUCGCCCUCUCCACGAGGGUAUUACAAUAGUUCUACAUCUCCUAGUCCUCCUAUUGAGGAGCCCAUACAUUCGCCUUACUUCUAUGAGCGUGAACCAAUAGAAUUGGCUCCUCGUAUGGCCUCAACCAUGCCGCGCAAAAGUAGGACAUCCCAUUAUAAAUGUCAGAUGGAGUGUUGCAAUCCCAAACCAUCCAGACGACCUAGCGGCAUUUACGAGAUUGGACGUCGUGAUAAUUAUGACGACUAUAUGAUUUCGCAUAUGGCUCAAAAAUUUCAGAAUGGCUUUAAUUUGGAGGAUGUUGAACAAAAUAUCUACAGGGGUUAUGGUGGUGCCUCCACAUCUUCGGCCGAACCACACAGUUCACUUGGUGAUGGGGACUACCUUUCCGCAACCAUACCACGUAAAUCUUCGAAUUAUGGCCACUUAUCACCCAAACGUAAUUUUCCCAAACCUGCCCCUAAACUCGAUUUUCCGGCACCACCGAUUUCUGUACCUCCCAGUUAUGACUACUGUAAUCCUUAUGCUACAUUGCCUUGUUGUAGCAUAACUGAUUGCUAUGAAUGUCUCUCCCAGGCCACGCAACAACUUCAACAGCAUCAGCUUUAUAGCAGCCGUUCCAUCUAUGGCCCAUCCGUCUCCCCAGACAGUUGCUAUGAUUGUAUGCCCACCCAAAGCCUGGGACGCAGACCCUCAUCGUCGCUCUACAGUGGAAUUUAUAGCAGUAAAUUUGGCAUGAGCAAAAAGGGUCUGCUGCAAAUCGACUAUUCCUGUAGUUGGAAUGACUUGGAUCGCAUUAUGACUAGAAAUUAUUGAAAUAUCCGUACUUUUAUUGAUUUGUUGUGCUUGUAUUUAUUUAAGUCAAUAUCCUUAACUAUCUUCUAAUGUCCCUUCUGAUGAUUCUGUGUAUAUUAUUUCCUUGGAAUUCAUUCUAAUAUAAAUUGUAGAGGCAAUAAAGCAUGUAUUGUAUAUACUCAUAUAUUAACACAAGAGAGCAAUUCUGAACAGUCCUCUUUCUAUAAUAAUGAAAUGUCCUUUAGUGUAUAUUAAAUUAUGAAAAAUGUUCAAAAAGUUAUGAACCAGUUUUAGACCUGUUUUAAACCACUUUUAAACGUGCUGUAAACAUAGUGAGGUGCUAAAAUGUUCAAUUACUCA